CAAUCAGGAAAUGAACAGAAGUGAUACGUUUUAUUUAAAAGUGCUUUAUUUACUAGUUUCGUUUUACACAAUGUAAAGAUCGUGCUUGUUUAAACAUUGCUUACGUCUAGCGGACCCUUGGGGGGGAGGGAUACGCCCCUUAGGCGCAUUGAUGCGUGUAACAGUAGACUGGAAGACUGGGUUGUAGUCUAGGAUGUGCCCAGAUUAUGGGGGGUAACCAGUCAAACCGAGGGAUCCCAUUUGAUGCCUCCGGAGAAGUCAAUUUUGACCACUUCCUAAUACUCCGUGCCAUUGGAAAAGGGAGUUUUGGAAAGGUGUGUAUAGUCCAAAAGCGGGACAGCAAGAAGAUGUAUGCGAUGAAGUACAUGAACAAGGCAAUGUGUGUUCGUAAUGAGGCUGUGCGGAACGUGCUGAAGGAGAUUGAAAUACUGACCACUCUUGACCAUCCCUUCCUCGUCAACCUGUGGUUUACCUUCCAGGAUGAGGAGGAUAUGUUUAUGGUGGUGGAUCUGUUGCUAGGGGGUGAUCUACGCUAUCACAUUCAACAAGAGGGGUCAUUUCAAGAGGAUCGGGUACGCCUGUACAUAGCGGAGAUAGCCCUUGCCCUGGAUUACCUACAAACAAAACACAUAAUACACAGGGACAUUAAGCCGGACAAUAUUCUGCUUGAUGAAGAAGGCCAUGUGCACAUAACAGAUUUCAACAUUGCCACAGUGCUCAAUGAAGGACAAAUGGCUACAUCACUCUCUGGCACAAAGCCUUAUAUGGCCCCAGAGAUGUAUGCGUGUGCCUUAGAAGAGUGUGCGGGAUACUCAUAUCCGAUUGAUUGGUGGUCAGUUGGAAUUUGUGCCUAUGAGAUGGUCAGAGGAAGUCGUCCAUAUGACAUACAUUCCAACACAACAGCUCAUGAAGCAAAGAUGAUGUUCACAACAGCCCGGCCCUGCUCGUCUGCAGUCUGUGAUGACAAUAUUAGAGGCCUGUUGAAACAGCUACUACACUUGGACCCAGAAAAGCGGAUAUCAUCAGUGACAGAGCUACAAAGUCACCCUUACAUGGAAGGCUUAGAUUUCAGCCAUGUCCUGCAGCGUGAAGUGAAACCUGCAUUUGUGCCUUCGAAGGACCAUUUGAACUGUGACCCGACCUAUGAGCUGGAAGAAAUGAUUAUUGAAGCGAAUCCCCUCCACAAGAAGAAAAAACGCCUCGCCAAGCAGUCCUCACGCAAGUCUGAAGGUCAUGUCAACUCUCAGGAAAUCAUAGAUGAGGACAAGGUGGCUGAGGAUGCCUUCUCCAACUUUCUGCCCUUUAACAGGGAGAGGGAUUCCAAUAUGAAACAUCGUGUUCACAUGACAACGAGUGACUCUGCUAUAGCUCAACACCGGGUAGCGAGUUCUGAUAUCGAUAAUGGACAAAAACACUCAGCACUCACUAAAGCAAACAGUGAACCUGCAUCAAAUCUACUCAAAGUGAAUGUAAAAACAUGACGCAAGAUAGCUAUUUGUUGUCUUGUGUUAUAUUUAAUGUUAUAAAUUAUGACUGUGUGAUCUUACAAAUGUUGCAAUAAAUUGUGUAAUUUUCAAACAACAGUGUACCUGCCACUUGUGUAAUUAUUUGCUACAAGCUUCUUCACGUUUACACACAAGUGACAGUAACGACAUUGUCACAUGACUUAAGUCAAACUACUAAGGCUGAGUAUCUGACCACUGUGACCGUUCCACAUAUCACUAUCACUUCUUCAACCGUUGGGCGUCCAGAAUAUGCCAGAUGGUACCACAAACUCCCUGAUUGGCUACACAGAAAUCAUCCUUUAGAGGUUUCUUAUUGCUCUUAGGCUCUCGAUGAUUAAGAAGUGUGGAGCAAGUGAAACGAGCAAACCAUUCUUCGUCAUUUAGAUGUUCUGUCUAAGAUAUGAUAUUUAGCUUGCGGGGAUACCAAAUAAUGUUGUCCUGUCCAUUAAGUUGUAAAAUUACAUUCAUAACUAUUAAACGUGGUACUAAAAACUGAUGAUUUCAUUUGCUGGACAUUUAGGUUUUGAUCUGAAUAGUGUGAUUAGCAAGGUGAAGCAGAUGUGCAAGCAAAGAUCUGAUUUAAGAUGUCUUCUUUUGCUUCCCAUGUGAUAAUUAUUGCUGUUAUAGUGUGAUAGUUUAAUUAUUUGUUUUUGGAUCUUUCCUGCCUGUAAGCAGGCAUUAUAAAGGGAAGGACAUGCUUCAACAUUGCUUUGUAGUAUGUUGUGUAUACAGUAUGUGGUAAAGUGACUCUCACCUUUGAUACAGUCAUGCAUCAAACUUCUUAGUUUUAUGUGUAUAAACUGCUGGUAACAAUAUUAAGUCACCUUUAAUAGUUGUAAUAAAAGUUUUUUUGAUAUUAAAUAUUUAAAAGUAUGACAGCUAAUGCUUAAUUUUGUGGAGCAUUAGAACUUUUUUUGAAAAUUUUGUAAUUUAGGAUUUUUAAUAUUGAAAAAAAAAAAAUCUUGCAAACAAGAAAGGUACAAACAAGAAAGGUACGAGAGUCUGUUCCAAGCCUUAUUUACUUGCUUUAGUUGACAUGUAACAAUUAAUGCCACCGAUUAACCCUUAUGACAGGAAAGACCUAACAAACACACUACUGUCACAUCUCUGUUGUUAUGUUAAUAAUAUGCUACAAUGAAGAGUAAAAUUAUAACAAAAAAUAACAGAAAUUGUGUUAAUAAAGAAGUUGCGAAAGAUGGCGUGUACAUGUAAAUAUAAAAGUUGCAAUAAAAUUUUUAAGCUGAUAUAAUAAUCAGUUUUCAUUUGACAUGCAUGUAUUUAAGAUGUUGAGAUAAAUGAUGAGAAAACUGUCUGUUUGUCCAUUUAAGUAAGGGUUCUCACGAAUAUGCAGUAAUUAUGUAAGUUAUGUGACUUGUGCAGCAUGCUCGAGGGUCUGUGCAUUCUGACUUCUGUGGCAUGCUUGAGGUUCGGUGCUUUCUGACUUUUGCAGCAUGCUUGUGGGUCGGUCCAUUCUGACUUCUGCAGCAUGCUUGAGUGUCGGUGCGUUUUAACUUCUAUGGCAUGCUUGAGGGUCUGUGCUUUCUGACUUCUGUGGCAUGCUUGAGGGUCGGUACUUUCUGAUGUCUGCAGCAUGCAGGAGGGUCAGUGUGUUCUGACUUCUGCAGCAUGCUUGAGGCUCGGUGCAUUCUGACGUCUGCAGCAUGCAGGAGGGUCAGUGUGUUCUGACUUCUGCAGCAUGCUUUAGGCUCGGUGCGUUCUGACUUCUGCAGCAUGCUCGAGGGCCGGUGCGUUCCGACUUCUGCAGCAUGCUUGAGCGUCUUUGUGUUCUGACUUCUGCAGCAUGCUUGAGGCUUGGUGCAUUCUGACUUCUGCAGCAUGCUCGAGGGUCUGUGCGUUCCAACUUCUGUGGCAUGUUUGGGGGUCGGUGCUUUCUGGCUUCUGAAGCAUGCUUGAGGGUCAGUGCUUUCUGGCAUCUGAAGCAUGCUUGAGGGUCUUUAUGUUCUGACUUCUGCAGCAUGCUUGAGGCUCAGUGCGUUUUGACUUCUGCAGCAUGCUCGAGGGUCUGUGCAUUCGGACUUCUGUUGCAUGCUUGAGGUUCGGUGCUUUCUGACUUCUGAAGCAUGCUUGAGGGUCAGUGCUUUCUGACGUCUGAAGCAUGCUUGAGGGUCGGUGCGUUCUGACUUCUACAGCAUGCUCAAGGGUCGGUGUGUUCAGACUUCUGCAACAUGCUUGAGGGUCUUUGUGUUCUGACUUCUGCAACAUGCUUGAGGCUUGGUGCGUUCUGACUUCUGCAGCAUGCUUGAGGCUUGGUGCGUUCUGACUUCUGCAGCAUGCUCAAGGGUCUGUGCGUUCCAUCUUCUGUGGCAUGUUUGAGGGUCGGUGCUUUCUGACUUCUGAAGCAUGCUUGAGGGUCCUUGUGUUCUGACUUCCGCAGCAUGCUUGAGGCUCGGUGUGUUCUGACUUCUGCAGCAGGCUCGAAGGUCUGUGCAUUCCGACUUCUGUGGCAUGCUUGAGGGUCGGUGCUUUCUGACUUCUGAAGCAUGGUUGAGGGUCAGUGCUUUCUGACGUCUGAAGAAGCAUGCUUGAGGGUCGGUGCGUUCAGACUUCUGUAGCAUGCUUGAGGGUCGGUGCUUUCUGACCUCUGAAGCAUGCUUGAGGGUCAGUGUGUUCUGACUUCUGCAGCAUGCUUGAGGGUUGGUGCGUUCGGACUUCUGCGGCAUGCUUGAGGGUUAGAUCUCCUUGCACAACUGAAAUAUUUCUUUCGUGUUCAAACUGAUGUGGUAAAAGCAUUUUAUUUGGAUUAAUUUCUUCAAAUAGCACAUGUGACAUUUAUUACCAACAUAAUGACUCGAUGAAACCUUAGUUUAGUGUCAACCUCAAAUGGUUUAUCUAAAAUAUCACAUAUUUUAAAGAUAAUUUUGUAUUUUUUUGUCUGUUAUUAACCAACAAUUUUUUUUACAAAUUAUCUUUAAAAAAUAAAAUGAUUUAUUCAAUUGCUUUGAUAAAAUUGCAUAUUUAUAUAUUUUUCAUUGUGUAAAUAUACUAUAAAAGAAACUAAAAGGUUAUGCUUAAUAACAAAAAACAGACAUCACCCCCAUACUUGUCGCAUUCUGUUCCACGACAUUUAAUGUUAUGAGAUGUGCAGUAGGUUGUUGGUGUUGGGUUGACCAGGUGAACAUUUUACCAAUGUUUCAUGAAAAUCCUUCAAUCCUUUCCUCUCAAAAGCAUUUAACUGCCUGCCCCAUGAUCACAUCUCUUAAUGCAUAUGGUCUCUCAGCUCCAACAUGUAAACUUAUGCACAGCUAUCUUACAAACAGAAAGCAAUGUGUCAAACUUGGUCAAAUUACCAGUGAGUGGGACUCGAUCCUGAAAAUCCUUCAAGCUAUAGCUAGGGGUUUAGGAGAUACGGAGCUGACAUAAAAUACAUGGCUAUGACCUUGGGCCUUUACUCCUGUUAUGUGGUUUCUGCACUACAUCUCAACCUGGUGAAUAUUUGACCAGAGGUUUUAGGAGAAAUAGAGAAGACACUAAAUCUGUGGCUCGAACCUUUGACUUGGAACUGUGACCUUAAGCCAGCAUGCCUAGAAUGAAGGUGCUGCUUGUCAUUUUUAUGUGAUGUAUAUUUGACCAAAGUUUCAUUCAAGAUUUUCAAGGGAGUUUAGGAGGUACGAAGCAGACCCAAAAUCUAUGGCUGGAACCUUUGACCUUGAUAUCUUGCAUGCCUGUAAUGUACCAGUAGGUUCUGCACAUCUUGGCGAACAUUUGACCCAAAAUUCAUGAAGCUGUUUAAGAUACAGAGUGGACACAAAAUCUAUGGCUUGAACCUUUGAUUUUAAAUUGUGACCUAAACCUAGAGCAUGCAUGCCUGGAAUGUGAGUUCUGCAUGUUAUCUCAAAGUGAUGAACAUUUGACCAAAGUUUCAUGACAAUUCUUAAAGGGGUUAAUUAGAUACAGAAUGGAGACCCAAUCAAUGACUUGAGCAUUUGGACAGGAACUCUGACCUUGACCUUGAGAAGAUGCGUAUGAUAAGUGUGCACAUCAUCUCAAUGUGGUGACCAGUUGACCAAAGUUCCAUGAACCUCUUUAAAUGGCCUAACAAGAUAUGGAGUGGACACAAAAGUGUGCCAGACAGAGGGAUGGACAAACAUCCUUGCUAAAAACAGUAUGUCACCCCCUGCAUAGCAUUUAUAUAAAUUUUAUAUAUAAAACAUUCAAUCAGUUAAAAUGUAUUUUUAUUAUGUAAAUGUGCUUGUUGUCUUAUGUUAUUUGUAUUCCAUAGUUUGAGUGCUGUUAAAUAUUUGUUUACAUUUCAGAAACAAAUAAAUUUUGCCAUCACACAUUUCA